AUGAAGGCGGCGGUGGACCUGACCAUCAUCAAGACGGAGAAGGUGGACAUCGAACUCUUCCCGUCCCCCGAUAUGGAAUGUGCAGAUGUGCCUUUACUGACCCCCAGCAGCAAAGAAAUGAUGUCUCAGGCCUUGAAAGCCACCUUCAGUGGCUUCGCCAAGGAGCAGCAGCGGCUGGGGAUCCCCAAAGAUCCCCAGCAGUGGACGGAGACGCACGUGCGGGACUGGGUGAUGUGGGCGGUGAACGAGUUCAGCCUGAAGGGAGUGGAUUUCCAGAAGUUCUGCAUGAACGGAGCUGCCCUGUGCGCUCUGGGCAAGGAGUGCUUCCUGGAGCUAGCGCCUGACUUUGUGGGCGAUAUCCUUUGGGAACACCUGGAGAUCUUGCAGAAAGAAGAGGUAAAACCGUACCCAGCAAACGGAGCGAAUACGACGUAUCCAGAGUCCCGCUACACUUCAGACUACUUCAUUA